AUGGCCCGGGGGUGUGGCGCUCCGGGGUCGCGCCCGCCAAUCAGGCGAGCCCGCGCGCCACGGCUGAGCACGUUGUUCUCGAUAUUGACUUUAACGACCCGAUCCCCCAGCACGGGGGCGAUCCGAUCCUGCACUUCGUCCUUCGUAACCCCCAGGGAGCGGUUCCGGGACGAUAAGGAGGAUAUCGUGGAGCUCCUGCUGUGCACCGGCACCGACCCGCUCCGGCGUGACCGGCUAGGGGACACGGCCCUCCACUUCCUAGCGGGGGACACCAGGCCGGCCGGGCCCUCGCCGGAGGGCUACAGGCUUCUGAGGCUCCUCCUAGAGGGCUGCCCCGAAGUGCGGGCGCCCUGCCUGGAACACAUAAACAGCAAGAACGACUUCGCCAAUACGCCGCUCGUCGUCGUCGUCGCCGUCCUCUAUAACCACGUCGAGUGCGUACAGCUGCUCCUAGAGCACGGCGCCGACCCCUACGAGCCGGGCGAGUUCGGCAUAACGGCUUUGGAAUUCGCAGUGGAAAGGGACUACCUACCCGGAGGCUGCUGCACUGCUGCUGGCCCGCAUGACCGACAUCACUGCUCUAGUUCCGCAUAUUUUCACCGGUGA